GCCCAUGGUGAAGGCUUUCCACUCAACGAGCCCUGUCGGCAUGGCCUGCAGGGUUUGCAGGCUUCCCGGCCACCGCAGCCUGUCAUUUCCGCUCAGCUGGGCUCCCACGUUCCGCAGAGUGGGCCGACGAGCACCGUGGCGCCGGAGGCCCCCGCGUCGGCACCUCGAGCCGCCCAAGCGGCGCCCGCGUGCUUCGCGGAGUUCAACCGGAUCUUGGGGAAGGCCAAGGCCGAGGAGGAGAUGCUGGCGAACGUAAAGGCCUACCUGGACGGAAUGGCAAAGAGUCUGGGGGACGGCAAAGCCAAGCAGGCCUUUGCUCUGCAGCUGGCCAGGCAUCCCUGGUUUCAGACGGGCUACGAGCUCCGCUUCCGACCCGGCGCCGGCACCUUCGACGUCGCGCUGACGCCGGCUGCCCGGGCCUUGAAGCGCAAGGCCAAAGCCGCAGCGCUGGGCCGCUGUUGGUUUUUGCUUCGGCUGCUUGCCGUCUCAUUGGACAUUUCACGCCCUGGGUGUUCUAUUCCUCAAGCACCGCCGUGCGGCUGCCAACACUUGGCCUUUUUGCAGUCUCUGCCUGCCCCGGUUGUGGCUGGAGCCAUGCCGGACAUGGUGGGGAAGAAAGUUGGUGGCAGGGUUGUGAUGGUUUCCUCACUCGAUGAGGGCCACCCCGGCGAGAACAUCAUCGAUGGCCGGGAAGAGACCUACUGGAUCUCCACGGGCCUCUAUCCUCAGGAGAUCCUCCUCGGCAUGAGCGAGCGCUCGAUGGUUUCGACCGUGAAGAUCGUGACGAGCAACGUUCGGUCACUCCGAAUAGAAAGCUGCGCAGAGGACGACCCUGUGAACUUCAAGACCUUGGCCGAAGACGAGUUGGAAGAGUUGUCAGGCCGUCUGCAAGUCAAAGAAAUCCCCUGUCAGGGCGUCGAGCCUGCCGCCUACAUCAAGGUGCUGAUUCUCUCAGGCUAUCACGACUUCUGUACAGUUCACCGCGUCAUAGUCGAGUGA